CCCCGUUGGAGCUCGUUUCUUCCCGACUACCCAGUUGUCUUGGAAGCACUGAAAGUCAGAGAUGCCCGAGUUCCCAGUUGUUUUGAACGCAGCAUCCCUGUUUCCCCUCCUGUCUGUGUUCUGUAGUUCCUCUCUUCGCUCCAGAAGGGUGACACAUCUCUCUGGUUUGAUAUCAGCCAGCAAGAAACACAAAAAUGGCGUUCACAUUCGCGGCCUUUUGUUACAUGCUUGCUCUAUUGCUUACCGCCGCUCUCAUUUUCUUCGCUAUUUGGCAUAUCAUUGCAUUUGAUGAACUGAAGACUGAUUACAAGAAUCCAAUAGACCAAUGUAACACAUUAAAUCCGCUGGUGCUCCCGGAGUAUCUCAUCCAUGUGUUCUUCUGCGUGAUGUUCCUGUGUGCUGCAGAGUGGCUCACCCUCGGUCUCAACAUGCCACUGCUGGCCUACCACGUCUGGAGGUAUACGAGCAGGCCGGUGAUGAGUGGUCCAGGCCUCUAUGAUCCAACUACGAUCAUGAACGCUGACGUCUUGGCCUACUGUCAAAAGGAGGGCUGGUGCAAACUGGCCUUCUACCUCCUCUCCUUCUUCUACUAUCUCUACGGGAUGAUCUACGUGUUGGUGAGCUCUUAGACGGCUCAGAGAUGAAGAGGGGAAAGAUCUGCAUGUUGGAGAUAACUGGUUUUAGUGGCUGCAGGAGAAGCUGAAGAGGGACCUGCUGCGAAGACCGACCAUUCACCACUCAGUGAUUCAAGAUGGCUGCCGUUUUCAAGAGGCUGGGUUGACUCUCAACACCAAAGCAGUGCAGAGCGUCAUUACUAUACAAAAACAUAUUUUUUUAAAUGAAUAUUAUUUGUUUCAGUCGCAGCUGUCCUCUCAUUCAACAGUCAACACAAUGCUUUUUGAGAGGAAGAAUGACUGACCUCAGAAUCAUACUUUUCCAUUAUGAUGCUUUUAACAAUUUUAUUUACUAAUCUCUUUUUGCCCCAACAAAUUAGAACAGAUAUUCCGUUCCGAUUUGCAUCGUCAGUUAAUAAUAAGCAGGCCGCUCUGAAUCUAACACUUAAUUGACUAUUAGGAAAUGUGGAUGUGAAUUAGAUGCCGAGCUUUUAAAAAUGUAUUUAAGGUAUGCAAUGGGGGGGGAGGGACUUUUAUCAUAAUUACAUUGUAAAAUAGUUUUCUUUCCCAGACACAUUUACAAGUUGAACGCAUGAGUAGUCUUGAUCAUGGGAUGGAAAAUGUAUUGCACAAACGAGGACAAUCCGUAUGGUUGUCUUAAAGUAUUUGAUAUUUUUUUUAGGUUUGCCAUGCUUUCUGUCGUCUCAUUCUACUUUUAUAGCCCUUGUCAUACAUCCUUUCUUUAACGGGUGUUUUUUUUUACCCUUGUCAGUAGAUGCUAUUUGAUGUGUGAAGCUAUAGAAAUCCCAAGUAGUGAUUUCUGAAAUGUGUGAUCAUGAAAAGUUCCUUACGAGGAAUAUCUGUAACCAUUGAACCUGUUAUGAGCUCAAAGACAAAUCUAAACAACCAACUCCAUAAUGUUCUGUUAGUCCCCCCCCCCAUCUAAACAACCAACUCCAUAAUGUUCUGUUAGUCCCCCCCAUCUAAACAACCAACUCCAUAAUGUUCUGUUAGUCCCCCCCCAUCUAAACAACCAACUCCAUAAUGUUCUGUUAGUCCCCCCCAUCUAAACAACCAACUCCAUAAUGUUCUGUUAGUCCCCCCCAUCUAAACAACCAACUCCAUAAUGUUCUGUUAGUCCCCCCAUCUAAACAACCAACUCCAUAAUGUUCUGUUAGUCUGCCCCCAUCUAAACAAUGUUCUGUUAGUCCCCCCCAUCUAAACAACCAACUCCAUAAUGUUCUGUUAGUCUGCCCCCAUCUAAACAAUGUUCUGUUAGUCCCCCCCCCAUCUAAACAACCAACUCCAUAAUGUUCUGUUAGUCCCCCCCCAUCUAAACAACCAACUCCAUAAUGUUCUGUUAGUCCCCCCCCCAUCUAAACAACCAACUCCAUAAUGUUCUGUUAGUCCCCCCCCAUCUAAACAACCAACUCCAUAAUGUUCUGUUAGUCCCCCCCCCAUCUAAACAACCAACUCCAUAAUGUUCUGUUAUUCCCCCCCAUCUAAACAACCAACUCCAUAAUGUUCUGUUAGUCCCCCCCCAUCUAAACAACCAACUCCAUAAUGUUCUGUUAGCCCCCCCAUCUAAACAACCAACUCCAUAAUGUUCUGUUAGUCCCCCCCCAUCUAAACAACCAACUCCAUAAUGUUCCGUUAGUCUCUUGUCCACAUGCCCCUCCCAUCAUGAUUUUUAACAUUUAUUCUAGAUGAAAUGUUUCACUCCAAUUACAUUACAACCUGAUAAGGAUGUUUGUAUUUCUAAAAAAGAAAAUCAAGAAUGUUAUCCUAGUGUUUUCUGUAUUUCCCACUCUGUAAAAUCAGACAGGAGGUUGGUGUGUGUGUUAUACAUUCAUAUGUUUUGGGGCUUUAACUUCAAUGUAUUCAUACUAGAGUAGCUCAUUUCACCUAGUGAAUGACAACUUGAAUUAUGAAUCCAAAUAAACCUACCCCCAACUAUA